GAGUUACAUAGAGGUGUUGAUAUUCUUUUUAAAGCUCUGUGAUAGGAAUUCUGCUUUAGACUGAGCUGGUUGACAGUAUGCUUACUCGAACUCGGAAUUUUCCGGUUUUUUUCAUAAUCAUGGUUAUCGAACCACGAAAUUGAUUUUCAAAAAGAAUAAAGUGGCUCUUCGCCACGUAAUGACCGACAUUCCACUUACGAGUGUCAAGACAGGAAAACUUUGAUAUUAGCCCCUGGAGCAGUGAAUGUCGUAAAUAGGAGCAGACUAAAAUUAUUCCUACUUAAAAUACUUUCUGCCUCGGAGCUCUAUCAUAACGUUGAUCUCAGCUGUGAAAGAUUAUGCUCGUAGAUUAUGUCUACUUUUAGCCCUUUACAGGCCGCUCAUUAUGGGAUCCCACAUGGACCAGGAUUCCACAAAAGCUAUAUAACUGAUCUCAUACCUCAACAAACUGGGUUGUACUCUAGGAGUCCUUGCGCUUGUUGCUUCCACGAGAUGUUCAUACAGCCUUAUAUUAUACAAGACACGCCAUCACAAUGGUCCGCGCACAGACCCUUGUAUAACCAACUUUGUUUUCCACAAGAAUCGAUCGUACAGGACAAGGACAAACAGACAAAGACUCAAAUUGAAUACAAAAAACCAAAGCUCUCGUAUGUAGAGCUCAUAGCAGAAGCAAUACUGAGCUCCAAGGAGAAGCAUCUCGUGCUGGGAGAUAUCUACGAAGCAAUUAUUGAGAAGUACCCGUACUUUGAAACGAAAGGAAGCGGAUGGCGCAAUAGCAUCCGGCACAACUUAUCUCUCAGCGACUGCUUCAUCAAAGGAGAAAGAUGUCCUAAUGGAAAGGGCCACUUUUGGGAAGUUAACCAAGAGUGCUAUGGAGGGAAUGGCGAGAAAGGAAGACCAAAACCGCACAAAAAGAAACUCGGAGUUCGACCAAAAACAAAGACUGAUUAUAUUCACAAUAAAUUGAAGCAAGAAAAAGCUAUCUCCGAGGAAUACAGUCAACUGAGUUUACUGUCGCAACUACGAUUUGAUGAUGAAAUUCGACAGUUUGAAAUCGCUAGAAUGAAACUCACAGAAGUAAGAAGAGGAUAAAGAAAACCAAGGCUGUAUAUACAAAAAAAAAAAACAAACGUCUGCAUGAGUCGGCAAUUAGGUCACCCAAUCAGAUCAUGCUAACAGAUCAGAAACGCCAGGCAGCGCUAGAAUUUGUAGUUUUAAUUACGUUAGUUUUCCCAGUCUAAAGGGAAAUUCUUUUAGUAUUGUUAUUAUGUUAACCUAUUUAUUUACUGCACAAUGUUACACGAGCAGAAACGUACAAAAACAAAUACUGAUCUUAUUUUUUAUUUUUUCAUUUUCGCUUUAACUUUGAAAUUACAUCUUCAUCUGCAUGCCAGUUACAUCAUGUCGUCCAAAAUUAUCUUUUUUUUACUGAUGAAUUCGAGUCUGAUGUCAGUGACAAUUUAUUCCUAAUUUGUGAAUUUACUAAAUCACUAAUUUACUAAAUAACAAAUGUCCUAUCAUUCUUGUAUGACAACCUUCUUGCAAGUAGGUGUAUAUUUAGAAAUGACUUUAAUUACACUGUCUGUCCAUUGACGCCAAGAAUAACUUGUAAAUGAUCUCAACGAAUUGUAGGUAAUAUUGGACUAAUUAAAGUGUCUGUUAUGUUGUUAAAAUAAGCUCUAAUAACCCAAUUUAGGCACACCUCCUCGCCCAUUUUCCCACAGUGCGAAUUCCAAAAAAACCAAUAAAAUGUGUUUUUUUUUUGAA